AAUAAAGUUCCGUUACUUGUUGGGACAGGUAUUGCUGCUAUGCUAGGACUCGGAAUGUACUUUUAUAAAAGCAAACCACCUUCAAAUCAGACUUUAUGAAACUAUGUUCCUCCUUUAAUGCUAGAUAAAUAAUGAUAAGCAAUCAGAUUGCUUAACUCAGAGAGAAGCUGAAAUUAGAAGUCAAAGAGUAUCUAAUGUAUCUUAUAAAUUGGGACUUGCUUUUAGAAAAGAGGAGACCUUCUAUGGCCAAAUUACGAUUAAAUUCACUAUGAACAACUCUCAAAACUCCCAAGAGCCUCUCUUCCUUGAUUACAAAGGAAUUAGUAUAAAAGAUUUGCUCAUAAAUUAUGAACCAAUAGAUCCUUAUGAAGUUUAUCAAGGAGACAGAAUUAUCUUUCCAAAAGACUCUCUGAAUUUAGGCGAAGAAAAUGUAGUCUCUCUUCUGUUUCAUUCUAAAUAUGUAAAUGAUGGAGAAGGAGCUCAUAAAUUCAUUGAUAAGGAUGACUCAAGUAUAUAUGUCUUUACACAAUUUGAGACUUUCUACUGUCAUAAAGUAUUUCCUUGAUUUGACCAGCCAGACAUAAGAGCAUCAAUGGCUCUUACUACAGUUUCUCCUAAAGAUUGGAUAAUUAUCUCGAAUGGUAAAGAGAAUGGAUUUAUAAAGCCUCAAGAUCCAGAAUUUGAUGAAUACAAAAGCCUGGUUAACCAGGAUCUCUUAGAUUCAUUUUCUGAGGAGUUCUACAUUCAGACAUACAAUGAGACGCCUCGUAUCACUCCUUACAUCUUUUCUUUCUUCUGUGGUCCUUUUGAGUGCAUCCAGGAGGAUGCAGAGAUUCCAGGAAGGGAAGACCCAAUGACUUUUAGACUAUUCAUGAGGAGAUCCCUCAAGAAAGAUGCUUUAAGAGUUAAAGAUAUGUUCCUCACUACCGCAAUAAGGGGUAUUCACUGGUAUAGUGACUUCUUUGGAUACAACUAUCCGUAUGAAAAAUAUGACCAAAUCAUCUGACCAGAAUUUGAGCAUUAUGCUAUGGAAAACCUUACCGCAGUGGCCUUUGCAGAGUUGUAUCUUAACAGAGGGAAAGAGAUCACUGAAUAUGACCAAAUCAGAACUAUCUACGUUGUCUUGCAUGAACUCUGCCAUCAUUGGUUUGGGAACUUAGUGACAAUGACAUGGUGGAAUGACUUAUGGCUGAAUGAGUCAUUUGCAACAUUUGUAGCAUAUCUUUGAUAUGCAGGAGACCCAGUACUCGGUGAAAUUUUUAAGAAUAAUCCAAAUUUAUGGAUCAGAGUAAAUCUAGAAAAAGAGGUAGGAUAUGUGGAAGAUAAUUUCUCGACCAAUCAUCCUAUUCUUAAUGAAGUUUCAAGUACAGAUACUGCUUUUGAUAUGUUCAAUGGCAUUUCUUAUGGAAAAGGAUGAGGAUUUUUACAGCAAUUACUUCACCUUGUUGGAUAUGAAACCUUUAGUGAAGCCACUAAGAUCUAUUUCAAAAAAUUUGAAUGGAAAAAUACCAAGCUUGAUGAUUUCCUUGACUGAUUGGAUGAAGCGAAUGAUAAAAACCCAGGCAAAAUAUACACAGACAAAAUAUCCUCCUGGUGUAAAACAUUUCUCACCACAAAAGGAGUAAAUAUCAUCCAAGGAGAACUUAAAGAUAACAAAUUCACCUUAACUCAAACUCCAAGCCCUCACUCAGAUGGUCUCCGCCAUCAAUCCCUAGACAUUUACUUCUUCAGAGCCAACUUAGUCUCCGAAACUCGCCCAAUCCUCACCUCUUCCACCUGCCCCACUACAUCCCUCUCUCACUGCUACCCAAACACUACCUUCUUCCUGCUCAAUCAUGGUGACCAUGCCUACAUUCAAUCUUACCUUGACCCCUCGACUCUAAAAUUCCUGUGCACCAAUCUCUCCAAUCUGCAUGGCUCCUUGACCAGGGCCAUUGCUUGGAGGUCCCUCCAAGCAAUGGUAGUCAAUGGCCAUACUGGCCCAUUGGUCUUCAUCGAGUGCUUCAAGAAUAAUUUUAUGAAAGAGGAAGAGGCUAUUCUUGCUGAGAUCGUACUCAAAAUUAUGAAUGAGGUUAUUGAAUGGUUUGUCCCAGAGGAGAGGUUCGAAGAAGUGACUUUUGAGAUAUUUGAGAUUUUAUAUCAAGGGAUUGAGAAAGAUGAAGGAUAUGAGAGAUUACAGAAGAUGAAGAUUCUAUAUCAAAAUUAUUUAUUUAUGUUCUUGCAAGAUAGAGAUCAUAUUUUGAAGUCUAUCGAAUGGUUAGAGGAUGGAUAUAUUCAUGAUACAAAUGGAAAAAGAAUAGAUACAGCAAAAUUAGGACCUGAUCAUCAGCAUUUGAUUCUGAAAGCUGUUCAUAAAAGCCCUUACUUCAAUUCUAAGUACAAAAACGAUCUCCUAGUCCAAAUAAUUGGAUCUGAAAAAACAGAUAUUGCUAUCAAUCUAAAACUUUCAUGUGAGGCUUUAAUGCCUUUUCCUGAAACAAAAGCUUCGAUCUGGGAUCUUAUCACCACGCCUUCUUCGUCUCUUUCUUCUUAUGAAAGGGGUGCCUAUAUGGAAUAUUUCUUCAACAGAGAAGCUUCCGAAAUCCUUCAGGAAUAUUUCCCAAAAUAUCUUUCUCAUAUAGAUAAAUUGGCAGAUUGCAGCAACAAGGCAUAUGUCAUACAAUUCAUCUCUCUAGUCUGUCCUAAGUUCGGAAUAUCUACAGACUUUCUCCAGACCCUCGAGGAAAACCUGGAAAAACAUAUCCACGACCCUCUAAAAAAAUCUUACUGCAGAGCAGUAAGAAAAGUCCUCGAGACCUUCCAAAAAUCACAGAGAGCCAGAGAGCUUUAAUCCAGGUUUCCUCUGCUACUAAUCUUCACUCAAAAAAUU